UUUGUCAAACAUGGAUUGUAUGCAGAUAUUUAUAUUCAUUUUCUGGUGAAGGAAGUUCUGGAGAAAGUUCUUGAGAAGUUUGAGAAGGCUAUCGAGGGCAGAGUUUCCCGUAGAACCAUUUUCAAGAUGAUGUUUGAUUAUCUUGAUACACUUCUAAAGAGUAAAAUGUCUAAAAAGGACAGCAAAGAAGGGAAGGAGGGGGAGAUGAAGGCCUUGUACAGGGAGCUCAACACUCUCAAACAGAACGAGGAGUACGAGAAAGCAAUCAAGACUUGCAACCGUAUCCUGAACCUGGACCACGGCGAUGUUACCGCCUUCCAUUGCAAGAUAGUUGCCAUGAUCCAUACCGGCAAGUUCCAGGACGCACUCAAACAGAUUGAUGCGGGAAAACUGGACCUGGAUUUAUCCUUUGAAAUUGCCUACUGUCAUUACAGAUUGAAUGAAUUGGAGAAGAGUUUAAAGGUUAUCCAAGGCGUGAAGAAUCCUGAGCUGAAGCAUGACGAGCUGAAAGCCCAGAUCCUUUACAAGCUUGAGAUGUUUGAUGACUGCUUCUCUCUCUACAGGAACAUCAUCAAGAACUCAACCGACGAGUUCGAGACCGAACGAAAGACCAACAUCAGUGCUGUUGCUGCCCAGGUGGCUGAUCCCGAUACCAUUCUAACUGAUCAAACUGAAACCUACGAGCUCAGGUAUAACUGUGGUUGUGGGCUGGCAGCUGUUGGUGAGUAUGAUCAGGCGGAGGUUGAACUGGUCGCGGCGGAGUCCCAAGCUCGUCAAUUCCUGGCGGAAGAAGGAGAUUCGGCUGAGGAUAUAGAACAGGAAGUUGGAAUCAUCCGGGUCCAGCUAGCAUAUGUUCUGCAGAAGCAAGGUAAAGAGAAGGAGGCUCAGAAUAUUUAUAAUUCUGUUCUGAAGAGUAAACCUGAUGAUAUUGGACUAGUUGCUGUUGCAAGCAAUAAUCUUCUAGCUAUCAACAGGGACCAGAACAUUUUUGACAGUAAGAAGAGAAUCAAGGCUGCAACUGCUGAAGGAUUGGAUCAGAAGUUGACCAGGAAGCAGAGGAACAUGAUCCAGAGGAACCAGGUUCUCCUGGCAAUGUUUACAGCUCAGGUUGACUUGUGUAAGCAGUUGGUUGACCAACUGGAUAACAAUAUCCUCACUGACCGCCAGCUGAUAAUUGCCGGAGUUCUCGCUAAAUCAGGUAAAUACGUUGAAGCGGUUGAGCAGCUGGAAGGGACGAGCAGUCCUGAAAACACUCUGACAGCUGUUCAAGUGCUACUCACAGCUGGAGAGGUGACCAAGGCUGUGAGUAAGCUUGAAGGGUUGCCUGUAGACUGGAAGUAUAAACACGGUGUACUUAGCACGCUGGUCAGUCUAUACCUGUCAAUCCAGGAUAGGAACUCUGCUGCAACACUUCUCAAGGAGGCAACCGAGUGGAAUAUGAAGAAAAAAGUUUCCAACACUAAGGAGAUGUCGAUUGUUUGGAGAAAAACUGCUGAGUUUCAUCUGAAAUCAGGAGAAGCUUCUGUAGCUGCGAAGUCUCUUGAAGAAAUGCUGAAGGUUAAAUCUGAUCUUAGAACACUAGCUCAGCUGGUUCUGGCUUACGCUAAGUUUGAUCUUAAUAAGGCUAUGCAGGCUGCUAAGAAACUUCCUGCCUUUGAUGAAGAUACCUUGAAUAUAGAUAUUCAAGCACUUGAGGACUCUGCAUUCUCAAUGGGAAAGAACCUGAAGCGGGCUCCUAUUACCCCCAGAACUCCUAAAAAGGACGAAGGGGAAGGAGUUGUUAAGAAGAAGAACAAGAAGAAGAAGAAGCGUCUUCCUAAGAACUACAAUCCUAAUGUUACUCCGGACCCUGAGCGCUGGAUUCCAAGGAAGGAGAGGACAGGACUGAAGUAUCUGCCAGGACAAAGGAAGAUAAGGAAGGACAAGAGGAAAGGAGAGAAGUUUACAGGGGCUCAGGGGACUGCUGCUGGUCAGAGUGAUAACUUUGAUUACUCCGCAAAGGUUGGAGCAACCAAGGAACCAGUCAAGGCGAGUCCCCAGGCUGAACCAGCUCCUGGUCCUAGGUUACUAAAGAAGGGACCAGCUAAGGGCAAGAAGAAGAGCAGUGCUAAGAAGGGAUUCUAAAAUGAAGAAAUAUUUUUUAACGAAGAAAUAAUCUUUAACAAAGAAAUAUGCAAAAAUGGGAAAUAUUUAAAAAAA